CCUGAUUCAGUUUCCACAGCAACCAGAAGAGGGCUCCAGUUACAAUUUUCUUUUUUGUAUCAUACAUAGGCUACUGUAUUUUUUUGUAAAGCAGAAAAAAUCAGUGGCAGGACUAGCUGACGUUUUGCGAAGGAGGGGGAGACUCUGGUCUUCAAAUUGCCGCGUCUGGAACGCAACCGGCAGAGAUAAACGCUGGACAGAAAGGAGCUGUGGGAAGUUUAAAUAAGGUGGUCGGAUGCGGGGUUUUAAUAAGAAGGGGGCGAGGGUAAAGUUUGUCAUUAUCCGUGAAGGAUCGACAGGCCAGAGAUAAAUAAUUUAAAAGGCCAGAAAAUGCUUUGCCAUGUCAGCCGACCGGAUUCGGUUGUGAUGGAGGUGGAGGUGAAGGCGAAGGCAAAUGGUGAAGAUUGUUUGACUAAGGUUUGUGGGAAAUUGGGAAUCAUAGAAGUGGAUUACUUUGGACUGCAGUACACGGGUUGCAAAGGGGAAAGCUUGUGGCUGAAUCUCAGAAACAGGAUCUCCCAGCAGAUGGAUUGCUUGACUCCAUGCAGACUGAGGCUACGAGUCAAGUUCUUUGUGGAGCCCCAUCUUAUACUACAGGAACAGACAAGGCACUUUUUUUUCAUGCACGUGAAGGACGAGCUCCUCAGAGGACACCUGCAGACGAGCAGAGAGCAGGCAGAGGACCUCAGUGCGCUGCUGGCCCAGGCUGAGUUUGGGGACUACAACCAGACCACGGCGAAGUACCGCUACUCUGAGCUCUGUGGGAAGGAGCCUGGCCUGGAUGUCAUGCAGAGCAUCGUUUCCAGGCACAAAUCCCUGGCUGGGAUAAGCCCCCGCUCAGCGGAGUACCGGGCCCUACAGCUGGUGUCCUUGCUGGAGCGUUACGGUGUGGAAUGGCACCGAGCUCGGGACAGAGAGGGUCUGAGAGUGGCUAUUGGGGUCGGGCCCGAAGGAGUCUUCAUCUGCAAGGAGGACUUGAGUCUCAUAAACAGGCUUGCUUAUCCAGUCAUUCAGGUAGCAACCCAGUCUGGGAAGAAUGUGUAUUUGACCGUCACCAGGGAAACCGGCAAAAGCACCAUGCUGCUGUUCAAGCUGAUAAGCACCAGGGCGGCCAGCGGGCUCUAUCGCGCUGUCACCGAGACACACGCCUUCUACAGGUGUGACACAGUGACCAAUGCGGUCAUGAUGCAGUACAGCCGUGACUUCAAGGGUCACCUGGCCUCACUGUUCCUCAACGAGAAUGUCAGCCUGGGAAAGAAGUACGUCUUCGACAUCCGGCGCACAUCCAAGGAGGCGUAUGAGCAGGCUCGCCGGGCGCUGUACCGCGCCGGUGUGGCGGACCUCAUACCCUCCGACCGCUCGCCCGGUCACGGCCCGGAUGGCUGCAGUGGCUGCCCUCAGAGCCGCGCCCUGCUGGAGAAACUGGAGAGACUGCGGGAGGCGCUGCUGUGCAUGCUGUGCUGCGAAGGGGACAUCGACGCCACCUUCUGCCCCUGUGGUCACAUGGUUUGCUGCCAGAACUGUGCCACUCAGCUCCAGUCGUGCCCAGUGUGUCGUUCGGAGGUGGACCGGGUGCAGCAUGUGUACCUCCCCGCCUGCGUCAGCCUGAUGGGCCUGCCCAGGACAGCCGGCGCCCAUGUCACCAUCCACAGGGGGCCGCCAUCAGCACGCUGUUUGGCCCCCUCAGAAAAAAUCUGUUCGACAUGAAGCAGCAUGUUAUUUUUGUCUGUCUGUUUGUUUGUUUGUUUGUUUGUUUGUUGGUUAGCUCUCACUGUUCAGCACAACAGCCACCUGUUACUUUGGCUACCACAUCUACAUCGUGUCAGAAAUCAUUUGAAGCGAAUUGUUUCUUUUUAAAAGAUGUAUAUUUUUCAGAGGUCAGUUGAAUUUAUAAAUGAUAGAACCACCAUUCCUUUCUAAUUUUUCUGUAUUUUAUAGCAAAGUCUUUCGUUUUAUAUUUUUCAACACUGCCUUUUAUACGAGAAGAGGAAAUUAUUUGUAUAUUUUACUAGGUUCAAACAUGUAGUUGUAUGUCUAAAUUUCACAUACCUUUUAAGUUGAUAUUUAAGAAUCAUAUUUUUCACUUGUAAAUUUUACACGUUAUAAACAGUCUAUAUGUAGGGAACUGGGAAAACAUUAUAUGUGAGUAUAAGCAACAUUAAGACACAUACUGGAUUUUUAACAAACAAUCUGCAUAUCUGGCUGGUUCUGUAAUUUCACAAAGACUGUAACUGAGUAUGAAGCACAUUUGCACGUUUGACUAGUCAUAUAAAUACCUACAGUAUGUGUCUGAAAAAUUCUACCUGAUGUGUUUUUCAAAUAUUUAAUUGAAAUGUCCUAAGCGCAUUAAUGCACUUUCAGGCUAGCAGGUGUCCUCAGUCACUUCACACGUCCUGACAUAAGCUGUGUCGUUUCAAAGAGGCUCCCGAAAGCUUUACUCAUGCACACUUUGCCAUUCAGGAGCUGUUGUACUUUGGAUUGCAUAUUUUUGAGAGGUAUGCUGGCCAGUUUAGCUCCAGUUUUCAGUCUCAUGUGACCAACUUCUAGGUAAAUGUGUCUGCUAGUGCAAUAUAUUCUGCUUUUAAAGGCUAGGGGCCCAUUUAAAGAGUGCGUGUAUACCGCAGUAGUAUACACACAGUCCAUAUAUUCAUGUAUUCCAUUAAUUUCCAUGGGAACACCGUAAUCUGAGCUCUGAUAACACUAACCCUUACCCAGCCUAACCUUAACCAUACUGUAAGAAACCAGACAAAAUAUGACUUUUUAGUCUUUUGAUUGCAUUCACCGAUUUUUAUAAAAUUGAGGUUGCCCUUGUGGGGACCAAAAACAUCUUCCCACAAGUUAAAAUUGACAGGUUUUUAUCACAUUGUGGGGAAAUCUGGUCGCCACAAUGUAAUAAUUACAAACACACACACUCUGUUGUUACCUACAAAGGUUUAUAUAUUGGGUUUAUCUUAAUGUAGCAGGAUUAUAUUUUAUAUGUAUUUGAUUUUUUGCAGAUUUUGUCAGACACUAAGGCAGAAGUGGAGCAUAUUCUAAGUCCUUUGUGUAUUUUACUGUGAGAUCACACUGUCAGUGACUGCUGUCGAACACAUGAAAAUGUUCUGUCCCCCCCUCCCCCCCAAGGUCAAAAUCUGGGUUGAUUAA